UGUCAUAUGAUCAUUGCUGUAUAAGUUCAGCAGCACGGAGCUGGUGAGUUUUAGUGUUGCAGGUGCGCUGGAGGACGAGAAGGACACGAAUUAGUUUCCUUGCGUCCGGUCAGUAUUGAACCCCGCGCUGUCCCGUUACAAAUUACCGUUCGUCUGCCAUCGCGAUGCGCGCGCUCGCCCUCAUUGUUUUGUUGGCGUUCAUCGUCGGGUCCGCGGCCGACACUCCGGCCAACUGCACCUACGAGGACCUGCUGGGCACCUGGAUCUUUAACGUAUAUAAUGUGGGUCAAGACCGAACCAUCAACUGCUCCAGCACAGGAAGGUCAGUGAAAACGGUGACUGUGGACCUGCAGAAGUUGUCUGUAGCUGUGGAUGAUCUCGGUCAUACUGGCUUCUUCACUCUCAUCUAUAACCAGGGUUUUGAAGUGGUCAUCAAUGACUACAAGUGGUUCGGGUUUUUCAAGUAUUCGAAGCAGGGUUCACAGGUCACCAGUUACUGCGAUCAGACGCUGCCCGGUUGGGUUCAUGAUGUUUUGGGGAAUAACUGGGCCUGUUUUACUGGGAAGAAGGUGAAGCCCAUCCCACCUCGAAUCGAACACGAUCACAUGUUUGGAGCUGAACACAAUCUGCUCAUGAAGCUGCCAUACACAAACAACAUGGAGUUUGUGAAUCAGAUAAACUCUGUUCAGAAGUCCUGGAAAGCAACAGCAUACGGUCUCCAUGAGACCUUCACCAUACAGGAGAUGCUGAGAAGAUCAGGAGGACAUGCUUCUCGUGUACCACGACGUGUCAGACCUGUGACUGUUUCUGCUGACAGUAAGAUGGCAGCCGGUCUUCCAGAACACUGGGACUGGAGAGACGUGAACGGAGUCAGUUAUGUUAGCCCUGUCCGCAACCAAGCUCGAUGCGGCAGCUGUUACUCUUUCUCCACUAUGGGAAUGCUUGAAGCACGAAUCCGAAUCCAAACGAACAACACGCAGCAGACAGUGUUCAGUCCACAGCAAGUGGUGUCCUGCUCCCAGUAUUCUCAAGGUUGUGAUGGAGGUUUUCCAUACCUGAUUGGUAAAUACAUCCAGGACUUUGGUAUUGUGGAGGAGGAUUGUUUCCCGUACACCGGGGAUGAUUCUCCCUGCAAAGUACCUGAGAAAUGCACAAGGUACUACGCCUCUGAUUAUCACUAUGUGGGUGGGUUUUACGGCGGCUGCAGCGAGGUGGCCAUGAUGCUGGAGCUGGUCAGGAAUGGCCCCAUUGGCGUGGCCCUGGAGGUCUACCCAGAUUUCAUGAAAUACAAGGAGGGCAUCUACCAUCACACUGGCCUCCGUGACUCCAACAAUCCAUUUGAGUUGACCAAUCACGCGGUGUUGUUGGUGGGGUAUGGGAAGUGCCAUAAGACCGGCGAAAAGUACUGGAUCGUGAAGAACAGCUGGGGAACCGGAUGGGGUGAGAAUGGGUUUUUCAGAAUCCGUCGUGGAACGGAUGAAUGCGCCAUUGAGAGCAUUGCUGUAGCUGCUACACCAAUCGCCAAACUGUAGAGAGCAUAGACGAAUUGAUCCGUUGAAACAAGCAUGGUUGGGUGAAAUAUUUCAAAGUAUUUUGAUAAUGGCAAUUCUGAAAACUGUAAAACAGUUCUGUUCUCUUUUUCUUUUUUUUCUUUUUUUUGUGUGAAAAGUAUUUUCCCAUGACCUUCGGCAGACAGGUUAAGUGAUCAAAGAGGCCAUGAAGAUUGAACCCCUUUCAGGUUUCUUUUGUAGCAAACAGUUUGAAUGUGAAGUUACAUGUCUCUUUAGAUUUGAUUCGCUCUCAUUUCCCAAUUCAUCAUACAUUAUGAAGCUUAAAACUAACUUUAUUUUGGCUUCAAGGUUCUUCUCUUUGGUCUUCACCUUGGUCUGGUUUCAUGUGAGUCUACAAAGCUUUGUCUUUCUCUCUCUUGCUGGCCUCUAGGGAAUGUAUAUUUCUUCAGUGCCUUUUACUGCUUUUGUUUUUGGUGGGGUCAUUUAGUUUCUGCUUCUUCAAAUUCUCCAGUUAUCAUCUUCCUCUGAGCCACCUGUCCACCUGAUUCUUGGUCUUGGGUCACCAACUCUUCCAAUUGUUGCCCUUACCCAAAACCACCCCUAUCUAGAAUGUAGUUAUGGUUUUAAAUUGAUCUAAAUCUUAAUUUGUUUGUUGUUUUAAAGACAAAGUUGUCCUGUCCUUUUUGUACCAUUCGUGUGCAUUUCCACAAGGACGGUGUAAUCGAAAACAGCAUUUUUUUUGUUAUAUCUGUGCUAAUGAAAGUAGAGUGUCUUCAGGUCCUGCGACAUGCCUCAGCUUCUUAAAGUUUCUCUUUUUUUUUAAUUUUAUUAUUUUUUUUUUUAUAUAAAGGGAUUUCAGAUUUUCAUUGAUCCAUGUGAGCUCUGAAAGUCACAUUUGCACUCUCCUCAAUUUGUACACCACUCUUUUAUUUGGACAAAGUUAUGUUGUAUGCCGAGAAUAUCAAGUUGGCAGUUAUCCUCAGGAAGAUCAGUACUUUUGGUUCAAAGAACCACACUUUAUCAAUAGCAGUAGACUAAAGGGAUUUGUAUGUAUACUUUGAGUCCUUUGCCAACAGUUAAGCUGUUUAAGACCAUAUGAAUCCAAUGGUUUUUAUCAUAAAAUCUAUGCAUUAUUAUUUUUUGUGCUCCUGUAUGUCAUGAUUUUAAUAAAGUUGCUUUUUAAGGUA